ACAGAUGACAGAACGUAUCAUUUUAUCAGCUGCCGUAUACUUCUCUCCGUGGUAUUAGCAGUCGUUCCUCCAAAGGGGUGCCACUUCGCAUAACAACCCCUCACAUCAGCGUAUUUACUUUCACUUUCUGGGGCCGAACGAUUCCAAUAACAAAACCCGAGCAACAAGGAACUAGUUUCGCUGCCGUUCACCCACCCCCGUUUGCUGCCGAAAACGGGUUGGCCCAGUGGAAACAGUGGAACGUAUUGUGUGCCUAUUAUACGCUCGCGUUGCUUACGUGGAGCAACGGGUUGUGUGUUCUGCGUGCGACAAGCGAGGCUCCAAAAAAUUGCCCAGUAAUUGUGUGGCUUCAGCCGAAUCGGAACCUUUUUUUGUGGUUCUGCCCGUUCCGUGUCUUUAGUUUGCCCUUGGCGGCAGAGGUGCACGCAGGUCAGCAGGUUCAAACCCUUUUCUCCUAGGUCCAAAGUUCAACCGUUGCCCCCCAGUCAAAUGAACAUGACUCGCUUGAUUCAAUCGCGAACCAUAGCUUCACCACUCGGGAGAGUUUUAACGGCCGCCAGUGCAUCAUCUCCAGCAGCAAACGCAUCAGGCAAAAUGUGUCCAACGUCCCAGCAAAACUACGCAACUGCUGCUGCUGGCGGGGCAGGACCGCUAGCGCUACAGCGCCAACCCGUCCCGAAGCUGGCCGACACGAUGCAGAAGCUGGUAAGAUCGAUUGAACCGCACGUCGAUGCGGACACGCUGGCCGGCACUAAGAGGGCGGUGGAGAAGUUUACCGUCCCUGGCGGGAUCGGUCAGAAGCUGCAGAGUCUGCUGGAACAGCGCGCGGCCCAGAAGGACAACUGGCUUGCCGAUUGGUGGCUGCGCUGUGCGUACAUGGAGUAUCGCGAUCCGGUUAUCGUGUACUCCAGCCCUGGGCUCGUGUUUCCCCGGGCCAGUUACAAAACGCUCGAUGAGCAGUUGCAGUACGCAGCCAAGAUGAUUUCCGCCGCCCUGGCCUACAAGAUGCUGAUCGACGGCGGUAAGAUCAAGCCGGAAAUGAUGGGUAAGGUGCCGCUGGAUAUGUCGCAGUACGAGAAGAUUUUCGGCACCUGUCGCAUCCCGGGAAGGGAGCGUGAUUCGGUGCAGUACAAUCCACGCUCUCGGCAUAUUGUGGUUGCGUGCAACAAUCACUACUAUCGGCUGCCGGUCUUCACUGCCGCUGGUGGGAUCGUAAGCGAGCGGCAAAUCCUUGCCGAGCUGAAGAAGAUCGCCGCGAAGGAAGGGAAUAGUCGGGCAGCUCCGCUCGGUAUCCUCACCGCCAACCAUCGGGAUAGUUGGGCGCAGGCGUACGAAACGCUGAUGGCCGACGCGACCAACCGAGCGUCGGUGGAAUCCAUCCAGCAGGCGCUUUUCGUGCUUUCGAUCGACCGCGAGCUGCCGCAGAAGCAGGGCACCGAUCACAUCGUAACGGCAAGCGAUCUGCUGAUCCAUGGCGGCGGUUCGGCUGCCAACGGUGGCAAUCGAUGGUACGACAAAACGAUCCAGCUCGUUGUAGCACCGAACGGUAUCAACGGGCUGACGUACGAACACUCUCCGGCCGAGGGACAACCGAUCGCUGUGAUGACGGACUUUCUGCUCGAGUACAUCGGCAGCGGCAAGUGCCUCAAUACGAUGGAUCAAGCCGAGCUGAGUGCGGGCGCGGUAAAGCUGGACUUUAACGUUACACCGGCGGUACGGUCGGAAAUCGACCAGGCCGCUGGGUUCGUGGACAAGCUGGCGGCCGACAUACAGAUGGACUAUCUGCACUUUACCGACUACGGCAAGGGCUUCAUCAAAACGCAGCGCAUGAGCCCGGACAGCUACAUCCAGAUGGCGAUCCAGUACGCGUUCUAUCGGCUGCAUCACGUCCCGGGGGCACACUACGAGUCGGCCCAGAACCGGAUGUACCUGCACGGCCGCACCGAGACGAUCCGCUCAUGCUCGGUGGAAUCGGUUGCGUUCGCGCGCGCCAUGCUCGAGCCUAAGCGGGACGGGCGCUCCAAGCUGGAAGCGAUGAAGGCGGCCAUCAACGCCCACAAAGCGUACGUUUCGAUGGCUAUCCAGGGGUACGGAGUGGAUCGGCAUCUGCUCGGACUGAAGCUGACGGCGAAGGAGAACGGGCUGGCCCUGCCGGAGCUGUACGCCGAUCAGGGAUUGCAGAAGAGUGCGCACAUGCGCCUGUCUACCAGUCAGGUUGCGUCGCGGUAUGACGCGUUCAUGUGCUACGGACCGUUGACGCAGGACGGUUACGGAUGCUGCUACAACCCGAAGGAGGACGACAUGUGGUUCGGUGUGUCGGCGUUCCGGUCGAACAAGGACACGGAUUUGGCACGGUUCCGCGUCAGCCUGCAGGAGGCGCUGCGUGAAAUGUACGAAGUGUUGGUCGUGUACGGUGAGAAGCCUAAGGGCAAGCUGUAAGGAGUGGCGUGCACGCACGAUUCUACGCACGAACUCCCAGUGAUUUUGUUUCUGUUAAACUAGUGGCCUUUUGCAUAGAGAUUUACUUUUGGAUGUUGUUUUCGUAUUCCUUAGUAGGUAAAUUUUGUAUUCUGUUUUGUCUGUAUCUCACAGCACCUUGGCAAUAAAAAGCUGACUGAUUUUAAAAUAAAUAAUUAAAAACCGGUGAUGGGUUUUCUAUUA